AAUUUUUAUUUUCUUUAUCCCCGCUAAAUUUAAAACUGACACAUAUUCAUAUUUUAACCUUACAAUUCACAUCUGUCCUAAUUUUUAUAAACAUAUUGAACGAAAAACAAUAAAACUUAAGUGCGCACAAUGAAAUUCGCUUUAGCAUUGUUAAAACACUGGCGAAACUCACCACCCACCAGGUUUAAACCGCAGUAUUCAAGUUUAAUUCAAAGUUAUAGCAGAAAUAAAUAUGUUACAUCCACAAUCUUAAACACUUCCAAACAAAAUAAUCAAGAAACCAAUCAAAAUGAAGGCGUUUUCAUGGAAAACCUUAAGUAUUUAUUCUAUGUAACAUCAGGUCUCUUACUGUACAAGUUAUACACUGAAAAAGUGGAAGCUGUUUCACUAAAAGGCAGAAGAAAUCUGCACAAUUUCAUUGCCGAUGUAGUUGAAGAAGUCUCACCAGCUGUGGUGUACAUUGAAAUAAAAGACACACGUAGAUUAGAAUUCUUCUCAGGACGCCCUACAACUGUCUCAAAUGGUUCAGGGUUCAUCAUAAAAGAAGAUGGUUUGAUUUUAACCAAUGCACAUGUUGUUACGAAUAAACCACACACAAAAGUCGAAGUAAAACUGUUUAAUGGUAAAGUUUACUCUGGUUUAGUAGAAGAUAUCGAUGUGCAGAGUGAUUUGGCAACUGUACGAAUCGAUGCGAAGAAGUUACCAGUGAUGAAACUAGGAAAUUCAUCGGAAUUAAGGCCUGGAGAGUUUGUUGUUGCACUGGGAAGUCCUUUAUCAUUGAGUAAUACAGUCACAUCAGGUGUGGUGAGUUCAACUCAGCGCGGUUCUGAUGAAUUGGGUCUCCAUGGAAAGGACAUGGUUUAUAUUCAGACAGACGCAGCAAUUACUUUCGGAAAUUCAGGUGGACCUUUGGUUAAUUUAGAUGGGGAAGCAAUUGGAGUGAAUAGUAUGAAGGUUACAGCUGGCAUAUCAUUCGCCAUACCAAUUGAUUAUGUUAAGGGUUUCCUGCAAAACUCUAGAGGUAUUCGUCAGACGCCUUCCGGAGGGCCAAAAAGACGUUAUAUGGGAAUUACUAUGCUCACAAUCACGCCACAAAUUCUGCAUGAGUUGAAACAACGAAAUGAUCAAGUUCCUACGGAUUUGCAGUAUGGUGUUCUUGUUAUGAAGGUGAUUUAUGGUUCACCAGCUCAUUUGGGUGGUUUAAAUCCCGGCGAUAUAGUAACAACAAUAAACGAUGUUCCUGUACGUGUGGCAAAAGACGUCUACGCAAUCAUAGCAGAUGGAAACAUACGCAAAAUGAACAUGACGAUUAUCCGCCACGGACAGAAAAUGAACGUUCAAAUUACUCCGGAAGAUAUCGAUCAGUUUUAUUAAACUUAAAAGUAUUUAUAUUCAUUGCUGAGUAGUUCUGUGUUACUCACCAUGAGAUUUUAUUAAAUAAAUAUGUUUAACGAA